AUGGCGAGCUCCCAGGAUGUGUGGGAAAUCGUAGAUAGAGGGUAUGCAAAACCCGAUAAUGAGAAAGCUCUGCCUCAAAAUGAAAAAGACGUUUUGGCAAAGACAAGGAAGAAAGAUCAACAAGCCCUCACGCUCAUCCACCAAUGUUUGGAUGAUGCCAUGUUUGAGAAGGUGGCAGAUGCUACCACCUCAAAGGAAGCUUGGGAGGUUUUACAAAAUUCUCCUCAAGGAGUUGGUAAGGUGAGGAAGUCUGUUGUUAAUCAAUUAAGAAGAUACGGGGAGGACAUAAAAGAUGUCCGUGUGGUAGAAAAGAUCCUUCGCACUUUAACACCUAAAUUCGAUUUUGUGGUGUGUGCUAUUGAAGAGUCUAAAGAUUUAGACUCAAUGAUGGUGGAGCAAUUGGAGGGUUCUUUACAGGCCCACGAAGAAAAGAUCAAAAGGAGACAAGAAGUGUCAGUUGAGCAACUUCUUAAAACUCAGGAAUCCUUCAAGGAUUAUGGAGAUGAAAAAAGUUAUCGAGGGAAUGGACGAGGACGAGGCCGUGGCGGUCAUGGACGAGGAAGAAGUAACGAAAAAGCUAACCUUGUUGACGACAAGAAAGAAAAAGUUGAGUCAACAUUGUUGAUGGCACUCAAGGAAGAAGACAGGGAUGAUUGCAGCUCGUGGUAUUUGGACAAUGGAGCAAGCAAUCAUAUGUGUGGGUGCAAAGAAAAGCUUGUGGAGAUCAAUAAAACGGUGAGAGUGGGAAUGCUUGAGUUUUUCUACAAGGAAGCACCAGCAGGAAUGAGGUCACUGUCUAUUUCUUUUACAUGGAUUUCACUCUCUUUUGGGUACUACUUGAGCAGUGUUUUUGUGGAUAUUAUCAAUUCAAUGACCAAAAGAUUUUCACAAAGAAAGAAAGGAUGGUUGGCUGGUCAAGAUUUGGAUCAGAAUAAUUUGCAACUUUUCUAUUGGUUCUUGGCCAUUUUAAGCUGCCUAAACUUUAUAAAUUAUCUCUAUUGGGCAUCUUGGUACAAGUACAAAUCAGAUGGCAAGUUGGACACUAAGCCCAAAUCAGAGGACACUAAGAACAAGCAUAUCACCUUUCAAAGGUCCAAGAUCAAGCAACUUUUCUUUUUGAAUUGA